UCAUUUCAGAUGGCAUUAUCUGAAUCUCAAAUACCCCCCGACGCCCAGCAUUAUUUGGUUUGUGGCACUGAAGACUGUGAGAGGAACUGCCAGUUUUAUUGCAAUGAUUGUCAUCAAUCAAUAUGUGAACAAUGUAGAGAUGAACAUCAGAAGAAUAAGAAAACCAAGAACCAUGAAGUAGUCCCUUAUAAACAACGCACACGACUGCUUCCUGUGGAGAAAUGUAAAAUCCAUCCCACAAGACACUUAGAACUUCUCUGUGAGGAAUGCCAAAUUCCCAUUUGUUCUAAAUGCACAGGCACCAAAGAACAUCACGGCCAUGCAUUUACUGACCUAGAAUUGGUCUUUGCUGAAAAAUGUUCACUUUGUCAGAUAGAAAUUACCAAAAUUCGAAGCUAUUUUGAGCCUACUUCUCAAGAUUUGAAGAAAGAAAUUUCUGGAGAUGUCAAAGAAAUUAAGAAGAUCAUGGAGGGAAUAAGAUCAUCCAUAAGGACUGAAGCAGAGGCUGUGAAAAAGCUGGUAGACACAGUCACAUCAGAUAAAAUAGAACAAGCCAACAAAAUGGAACAGUCAUUAUUACAAACUUUAAAUGGACAAAGACAAAAAAUAGAUGAUUACAUCAACUAUCUCAGUGAUUUAAUACAAACAUUUAAUGGAUACCCAUCUCCCUCAAACAUACAACAAUUAACAAUUGCCCUCAAAUCAGAAAUCUUGAUCAUUCCACCCAUACCAGAGACAUCAAAACCAGUCCCACCCGUAUUUACUGCUGGUCAAUACAGCAAGGAGGAUGUCGCCAAACUACUAGGUAGAAUAACUGUUCCCAACACCAAACCAGAGAAUAGAAAAAUAAAACCCAUGGAGAUUGCCUCUACACAGAUGAAACCUUCAGGGAAACAUAGGAAACAAGACAGAGAGAACUCUGAUGUGAAUCAAACACUGUCUCUGUCUUCCUCUGUCACCAAGCUCAGGGAGUACGAAGUACCAGGUUUUGAUGGUGUAUAUCAUAUAUCACUGAGUCAAUCAGGCAGACUCUGGGCCAGUGUUUUGUAUGGCGACCUUGUCCAAACAGAUCUACAGGGGAAUCAGCUACAGAAGAUACAAACCAGUGGUGAAUAUGAAGGCUACCACACAGUCACACAGGACGGGGAUCUGAUCUAUACAGACAAAGACAACAAAGUCAUCAAUAGGAUAACACCGGAUAAUACAAUCACUGAAUUCAUUAAAACAGGAGACUGGGCACCACUCAGUAUACACUCCUCCCACAAUCACGGGGACAUACUGGUUGGGAUGAUUAAGAAUAGAGAGGGUAAAGUCACCAGGUACAACAAGACAGGUACAGAAAUACAGAACAUACAGAGAGACAACAAAGGACAGGUACUGUAUAGUUAUCCACGCUACAUCACAGAAAACAUCAACGGUGAUGUCUGUGUAUCAGACUCUAACAAACAUGCUGUAGUGGUGGUGGAUAAAUCAGGCCAACACAGGUUCUCCUACACAGGUCAUGGGUCAAGGUUUUAUCCCUAUGGAAUAUGUACUGAUGUACUCGGUCACAUCCUGGUGUGUGAUGAUAUCAGUGAAACAGUACAUCUUCUGGAUAAGGACGGUCAGUUCUUGUCUCUACUACUCACAGAACAACAAGGGGUAAAGUAUCCCUACAGUGUGUGUGUAGACGAUGAAAACAACCUCUGGGUGGGACAAGGUAACACCAACACAGUGACAGUGUACAAGUAUCUACAGUGAUCAAUAUAUAUCCAUACAUAAGUUAGGUACUGUGUGUAUGUUGUGUGACAAUGUAACAACAACACUGUGAUAGUGUACAAUUACUGGUACAUAUGUAUCUGCAGUGUACAUGAAAGUACAUUGAUAUACAUGUACAUACAUUAUUCAUGUAAACCUUUGUAUGUUUGUUAUAUCCCCCGCAAACGAAGUUUGGGGGGGGGGGGGUAUAUAGGAAUCACCUUGUCCGUCUGUCCGUCUGUCCGUCUUUCUGUCCGUCUGUGCAAUCGUGUCCGGUCCAUAUCUUUCUUAUGGAGAAACAUUGGAAGUUCUUACUUCACACAAAGAUUGCUUAUGACCUAAGGGUGUGUCAUGACCUUGACCCAAGGUCAUUUGGGCAAGGUCAAGGUCACUGGCAGAAAAAAUACAAAAUUCGUGUCAGGUCCAUAUCUUUCUUAUGGAGAAACAUUGGAAGUUCUUACUUCAUACAAAGAUUGCUUAUGACCUAAGGGUGUGUCCUGACCUUGACCCAAGGUCAUUUGGGCAAGGUCAAGGUCACUGGCAGAAAACAUACAAAAAUUCAUGUCCGGUCCAUAUCUUUCUUAUGGAGAAACAUUGGAAGUUCUUACUUCACACAAAGAUUGCUUAUGACCUAAGGGUGUGUCAUGACCUUGACCCAAGGUCAUUAGGGCAAGGUCAAGGUCACUGGCAGAAAAAGUGCAAAAUUUGUGUCCGGCCCAUAUCUUUCAUAUCGAGAAACAUUGGAAGUUCUUAAUUCAUGUGCUCAAAGAUUGCUUAUGACCUAAAGAUGUGUCAUGACAUUGAUCCAAGGUCAUUUGGGCAAGGUCAAGGUCGUUGGGAAAAAUAGUGCAAAAUAGUGUCCGGUCAUUAUCUUUCUUAUUGAGAAGCAUUGAAUGUUCUAACUUCACACAAAUAUUGCUUAGGACCAAAGGGUGUGUCAUGACCUUGACCCAAGGUCAUUUGGGCAAGGUCAAGGUCACUGGCAGAAAUAGUGCAAAAUUCGUGUCCGGUCAUUAUCUUUCAUAUGGAGAAGCAUUGAAUGUUCUUACUUCACACAAAUAUUGCUUAUGACCAACAGUUUUAAAAAAAUAGAGCAGUUGUUAUUUAAAGAAAAUAGACGGUGAAAUAGAUUCAUCCAAUAUUUUCUAUAAUAAGAAAAAUACACGCAUUAUGAUUUUUUAUCUUAGCGGGGGGUAUCAAUUGUGAGCUUGCUCACAGAACCUCUAGUUUGUAAUAUGAAUUUCUUAUCAGGUUAAUUUCAUUGCAGAUGAGUUGACUAUUAAAUAUGCAUGUAUGAACAA